AUGUCUCACAUAUCUCAUGUUGCUCUAACAUUGAGUCUGGCCUUGGGUGCCGCUGCCGCCCGAAACUCCAUCGUUGCAUCAAAGGGUGCUGAGACCCUCGCCGUGGGCAUAUUUGGUGGGCCCUCUAAGAAUUGGAAGGGAGAAAAUAUUGAAGUUUUCAAGAAGUGCCUCGGUGUUGACUUCACAUCGGACGGUGUUCAGCGCUUCUAUGAGUGCUGGGCUGACAUGUACGUAGGCGAUGCCUUCGACGACCAGGCCGGUGUUGAUUUCCAACGCCUUUUUGCUCCCUUGAUCGAUGAUCGUUGGUGCUUUGGACACGACCAUCUACCCUAA